GAGUUUGUGUCCAUCUUAUACUUUCUUGCAUUCUAAAAGAAUGGACUAUAAUUGUCAUGUAUAACGGCAUCAUAAACUCUACUCCCCACAAUGAAAUUGGUCAUAGGUUGUCAUGUUUCUCUUUCUCUCUCUUACCAUAUUUCAAACAUGUCACCUUUUUGGUCGCAGUUGUUUGCGGGAACACCAAAAAAUGUCGUCAACAUCUUGAAUGUUUGUUCCCAUACUGACCUGACCUAACAAACACUUGAUCUCAAAUCCAUGCUGUUCCUUAGUUUGUUAGGCCCUGUUGGUUGAAUGUUAGUUAGGUUUUUGUGGGUUUAUUUUCAUCUUAAAAUCAUUAUGGUUUGUCCUUGAAACUUUGUUCCAAUUUUUCUCUAGUUUUGGAACCCUAGAGUUUUUCUAAGAAUUUUCUUAAUUAAAUCUCAUCAAGUAUUAAGACCCCUCAUUCUUUUCUUUUCACUGGUUUAUUGGCAAGGGGAAUUAAGCUCCAUAUCUUAAUUCCUAUUGAAAUUCUAACACAUUCUGAAUUUGUAACUUUUUUUUUGGUGAGGAAGAUUUUGAUAGACUCCUCUCAAAAAAAGAAAAAGAAUUUUGAUAGGUUAAAAGUUGGUGUCUAGGAUUUAUUCAAAUAUAUAUCUAAUUGGGGUUGAGAAAUGAGUUGCUUUUCAUGUUUCUCGUCCCAAGAAAAGAAACUAUCAAAGAGGCCUAACAAUAACAAUAACAACAACAACGGAAAGAGGAUACAACAUCAUCCUACUCAAAUAACUCCUCAGAAAGCAUCUCAACCUCAGCCAGAGAACCAUUAUCAAAAGGCAAAGGCAAACCCACCAACAGAACCUAAAAUAAAUAAAGAGACCAACAAAGAAAAUGGUCACAACAUUGCUGCUCAAACGUUCACCUUCAGGGAAUUGGCUGCAAUCACAAGAAACUUUAGGCAGGAAAAUCUAAUAGGUGAAGGUGGAUUUGGUAGAGUUUAUAAAGGAAGACUUGAAAAAACCAACCAGGAAGUAGCUGUGAAGCAACUUGACAGGAAUGGAUUGCAAGGAAACCGAGAGUUUCUUGUUGAAGUGUUGAUGUUGAGCCUUUUACAUCAUAAAAAUCUAGUUAAUCUAAUUGGAUAUUGUGCUGAUGGAGAUCAAAGACUAUUGGUAUAUGAGUUCAUGUUAUUAGGAUCUCUUGAGGAUCAUCUACUUGAUCUUGAACCACAACAAAAGCCAUUAGAUUGGUUCACAAGAAUGAAAAUAGCAUUGGAUGCUGCAAAAGGACUAGAAUAUUUGCAUGACAAAGCCAAUCCACCUGUCAUAUACCGUGACUUAAAAUCUUCCAACAUCUUAUUGGACAAAGAUUUCAAUGCAAAACUCUCUGAUUUUGGACUAGCAAAGCUGGGACCUACAGGGGAUAUGUCUCAUGUGUCUUCAAGAGUAAUGGGGACUUAUGGAUAUUGUGCACCUGAGUAUCAAAGAACAGGUCAACUCACUGUGAAAUCAGAUAUAUACAGUUUUGGUGUUGUUUUGCUUGAAUUGAUUACUGGAAGGAGAACCAUUGAUAACACAAGACCAUCAAGGGAGCAAAAUCUUGUUUCUUGGUCAUAUCCAGUAUUCAAGGACCCACAAAGAUAUCCAGAAUUAGCAGAUCCAAAACUUGAAGGAAACUUUCCAAUGAGAUCAUUACAUCAAGCAGUGGCAGUAGCAGCUAUGUGUCUAAAUGAAGAACCAUCAGUGAGACCAUUGAUAAGUGAUGUUGUAACAGCUCUUAGUUUCCUUGGAAUAGAUCCAAUGAAUCAAGAUCCACAAGUUUUGUCACCAAUUGACAUGCCAUCACCAACACAAAAGAAUGAAGAAAGUAGUGCAACCUUGAGUCUUCUCGACGAUGAUAGUGCCGUUGAACGCCAAAAAGCCGUUGAUGAAGCCAUGGAAUGGGGUUCAAAUACUAGAAAUAAACCUUCAUCUUUGUAAAAUAUUCAU